UGUGUGUGUGUGCGUGUGUGUGUAUAUGCGUGUGUGUGUGUGGAGAGAAGCGGCUUGAUGCUUGUUGUUUUUGUCCAGAGAAAAGUUGCAUAGAGAAAUCCCGGCAGGUAACUUUUCGCUGCAGCCCUGCUCGCUCCUCACUGUCCGCUCCUUUGGCUGCUGGAGUUUUUCUCUUGGCUUCUUUGUUUUUUAACAUUUUUUUUUCUGGGAUUCAACUUUUUUGAAAUUAAAAAUCUGUUCCCGAUGUAUAACAUGAUGGAGACUGAACUGAAGCCCCCAGCUCCCCAGACCAACACGGGGGGCACGGGCAACACCAACACGUCCGGCACCGGCAACAACCAGAAAAACAGCCCCGAGCGGGUCAAGAGACCCAUGAACGCCUUCAUGGUGUGGUCCCGGGGACAGAGGAGGAAGAUGGCGCAAGAAAACCCCAAAAUGCACAACUCGGAGAUAAGUAAGAGGCUGGGCGCAGAGUGGAAACUCCUGUCGGAGAGCGAGAAAAGACCUUUCAUCGACGAAGCCAAGAGACUGCGGGCCCUGCACAUGAAGGAGCACCCGGAUUACAAAUACCGGCCCCGGCGGAAAACCAAGACCCUCAUGAAGAAGGACAAGUACACCUUGCCCGGUGGGCUGCUGGCUCCGGGAGGCAACGGGAUGGGGACCGGGGUCGGGGUCGGGGCCGGGCUGGGCGGCGGAGUGAACCAGCGCAUGGACAGCUACGCCGCGCACAUGAACGGCUGGACCAACGGGGGCUACGGCAUGAUGCAGGACCAGCUGGGUUACCAGCACCCGGGGCUGAACGCGCACAACCCGAGCCAGAUGCAGUCCAUGCACCGCUACGAUAUGAGCGCCCUGCAGUACAACUCCAUGACCAGCUCCCAGAGCUAUAUGAACGGCUCCCCGACAUACUCCAUGUCCUAUUCCCAGCAAACCACGCCAGGGAUGACCGCCCUGGGCUCCAUGGGGCCAUCCUCGGUGGUGAAGUCCGAGUCCAGCAGCUCCAGCCCGCCCGUUGUCACCUCGUCAUCCCACAGGGCCGCCCCGGGCUGCCAAAGCGGGGAUCUGAGAGACAUGAUCAGCAUGUACCUGCCCGGGGCGGAGGUCAGCGAACCGACCGCCCAGACCAGGCUACACAUGUCCGGGCACUACCAGAGCGCCGUGCCCGGGACGACGAUCAACGGCACGCUGCCGUUAACACACAUGUAAGAGACAUGAAAGCAAGAAAGAAAAGGAGAGAGAAAGAGAAAGAACUUUUAUAAGAGAAACUGUGGACUACUUAACGUUGGACUAUUUUUGUACAGAAAAAUUUCGGGGUGGGAAAAGUUGUAUAGAAGUCUCCAAGAAAAAGAAAAAAGGGACACACGACUCUUUUUUAUUUUGUCUUUUUUUUGUCUCACAUUUUAUUCUAAGGAAGCUCUAGAGGAACGGUAGGAGAUCCCCCACCACCGCCACAGCCACCAUCCCCACCCCCUUUCACUGACGGAUGAAGUUUGGAAGACUUUAGAAAGUGGGAGUCGCAAUCAAAAAAUGUUUUAUUAUUGCAAUCACCCUUUUGUACAGUAUUUAUCAAAGAAACAUUACAAUCAGACGAAAUUUGUUUGUUAAACUGCAAAAGGUUGCAUAUUUCUUUUUCUAUUUCUCUUUUUUUUCUUCGAUUUGUUUCAUUUUUCCUGUUUUAUAUAAAGCAACGCCAGUUCUGCAGAUAAAAAUAUAAAAAAAAACAAAAAAAGUGAAAGAUAGCAGAGCUGAAAUUCUUAUGGGAGCUCAUUUAACACUUCACAACACUGGAAAGAAAAAGGGGACAUGAAACGAAGCAGGUAAAACUGCUCUUUUUGUUGUUGUUGUUGUUUUCAUUUUUAAAGGCAGCAUUACUAAACAUUUUAUUUCUUGGAAAAAAAAUAUAUAUAUAUUAAAAAAACGACGCCUUUUUUGUUUUUCCUCUCAAUGCAGCUUAAAAUAUAGGUUCUUAAUUUAUAUUUCCGUCUCCCACUUUUCAUCUGUUAGAGGUAUAUGACGCUUGUACUUUUUAUUUUUUAUUUUCUAAUUGAUUUGUACAAUUUCUGUAUAUUUCCUGUGAUAUUUUAAGUUUUUAUUUCAAAAAGAAGAAAAAUUGUUUUGGGUUUUUUUUUUUUCAUUCCCGUAGUUGUAUUUUAAGAAUUGUGGCCUGUACGCAGAACAGCCAACCACUCCAUGUAUAUAUACUGGAACUAAUACCAUCCUUAUAACAGUUACAAUUUCAGCUGAGUAUAUAUUUUUUUUUCAAUAUGCAGUUUGAAAUGAAUAAAUUUUGGAAAUUUGGAUACUUGAAA